AUGGCGGCGCCACCGGUCGGCAGCCGCGUGCGGCUCUCCGCGCCUGCAGGCGAAGCCCGUGCUUCCGUGCGAUCCAAGCUGGUCACGCCGGGUGGCACGGUGCGCUUCACGGGCGCGACGGACUUCGCGCCGGGCGAGUGGGUGGGCGUGGAGUUGGAUGAGCCCAAGGGGAAGAACGAUGGAAGUGUGCAAGGGAAGCGCUAUUUCACCUGCAACGACAAGCAUGGCAUUUUUUGCAAAGCCACCUUCUUGCAGCCCGAAGAGGAGAAGCCGCGGAAAAGGAAGUCCCGCCUGGCCCGCGCCGAAGGGAAGGAAGCGAAGGCGGAGGCGCUGCCCGAACUGCCCGAGCACCCACUGGAGAAGGAUCCUGAUCCAGCUGAGCCCGAUGAGGGCAAACGCGCAGCAUCGAAAGGAGCCUCGCCCUUCGCGCGCCACGUGGCCGGGGCGGAUCCCUUCGCCAGCGACAGCAGCGGGUCGAUCGUGGUGAAGAGCGAGGAAAGCCAAAGCUCCAGCGAGGAGGAGGGCGAAGCCAAGGAUCAAGAUGUGCAGGAAGCGGAGAACGAAGAGGACCGGGAGGCCAGGGAGGCUUGGCAUGGCAAAGUCAAUGACUUGGCCCACCGUGGCAUCAAGCUGGGGCACAUCUUGGGAUUUCACCAGAGCCUCUCCGAAGGCAGCUUGCGUGGGGAUCUGGGGCAAAAGCUGAUGCCACACUUCGACGCGCAGAAGCACACGACGCAUGAUGUGGUGCGCUCAGCCAUCAUCCCGGUCACCAAGCACACCUCUUAUGGAAGCUGCGCCUAUGCCACGCUCGCGGAAGGCAAUGUGCCAUGCUUGGCCACGGUGAUGGUGUCGCACCAUUGGCGGAACCUGUUCGGCCACCUCGUGGCAGCGGUCAUCGGAUAUGCCUUGGGCGAGACCAGCUAUGAGGCAACAGCACAGCAGCUGAAGGAGAAAAGCUUCGAGGACUUGAGGCAACGCUUGGACCGACGGGAUGCGCUUCAAAAUACCUUUUGGAUGUGUCUCUUUUGUGUGAACCAGCACGCAUGCAUUUGUGGCGGACUGCCCUCCGCUCCUCAGCGGAAAGAGAAUCAGACGGCGGAGCAGUUGCAGGAGCUCUUGGAGUCGCAUCAUCGAGAAGUCCAUGAUCCCGUGACUGGCCAGGAAUUUCAAACAUGCAACUGCGACACCACAAAGCAUUGGAACACUUCGGCACUUUGCGAGAUGGACAAGUUUGACUCGAUGAUGGCGAAGUUGGACCAGGAAGUGCCGCAGGUGAUCCAACGGAAGCUGAGCCACGUCAUCGUGGUGGACGAGUCCUUUGAGGUCUUUUCGCGGAUUUGGGUCAUGGCGGAGAUUGCCAAAGCGCAAGAAUUGGAGCUGAACCAGGUUGCAAUGCUCUUCCCUCCGCCUGAGCGGCUGAAUGUGACCAGCGCACACGACCCACAAAAAAAAAGGCGGAGCCAGGUGCCGGCGAAGGCGGCCUUGGAGGUGGCGCGCGUGCGGGAGACCUUGGACAUCCGAAACUGCAAAGCGAGCCGCCAGGAGGACGUGGAUGCCAUUUUAGCAUCGAUUCCGGACGUGGAGGCCUUCAACGAGCGGUUGAAGGAAGUGCUCUUCAACGAGCAAUCGGGGCUCCUGGAGACCUGGAGUGCCGAGCGCUGCGCGGGGUUCUUUGAUGUCAUCGACCCCUUGAAGGACCUGGUGGCGGUGGAGCAGCUCACAGCCCCACAGGUCAUCAUGUUGGGCCAGGAGAGCACAGGGAAGUCAACGCUAUUGGAGCGUUUGACGGGACUGCCAAUCUUCCCUAGGAAUGCAGAUCUGUGCACGCGUGCGCUGAUCAAAGUGCGUCUGAGACGGGGCGAGACGCGGAAGCUCAAACUCUUGGUUCAAGAUAUGCAGUCGCAAGAAGAUGAACCCAGUGUGCGGUUGGAGGCUUUGAGGUCAGAGUCUCCUGCGCAAAGUGAGAAGUUCUACGCGCAACAUGUGCGCGAGGACCCCUUGGAGCCUUCAGAUGGCUUGUGCACCAAGAAGCUUCUGGUGGUCGAGCUGAUUUCGCCCAAGGCGCCCAACCUGGACGUGGUGGACUGCCCUGGUUUAGUGGCCGCCGCCGCCCUGGGCCGGCCGGAGAACGUGGCGGCGAGCACCGCGCAGCUGGUGAGGAGCUAUGCGAAGAAACACCGCCACUCGGCGCUCUUCGUGGUGGCCGUCAAGGCAUCGGAGCAGCCGAACAACUCCUUGGCCAUGCGCUUGGUGCAAGAGGUGGGGUUGGAGCGCUGCGCCUUGGGCGUGUUGACCAUGACGGACAUCCUCACGGGAGACUUGACCGAUGGCACCACGCGUUUGCACUCCACGUUUCUGAAGCACCAUGGCCCUCGACUGCUUCAGCUCCUGAAAGCCUCCAAUGACCAGGGUGGUGGAGUGCACCUCUCCCUCGGUUACACCCUGACCGCUCUCCACGAUGUCUGUGAGGAUCGCGGCUGGCUGAGCCUGUCGCGUGUGGAUGCCAUGGCCCAGUGGGAGCAGCGCUACUUUCUGCAACUCGCCAAGCAGUGGGCUGCGGCGAAUGGAGAUGAGUUGGACCCCAACUUCUUGUUAGAGCGAUGCUCCUGCAACAGCUUGUGGCGCCACAUCAAAGAUGCAGUGGACCAGUUUGUGCGGGAGAACUGGUUGGUCAACACCAUGAGCAAGGUGCGACAGGAAGAGCAGGAGAUCCGACGCCAAGAGCUGGCCUUGGGCCUCCCCCGCGCCCUGGCCCCAGCGCACCUGGCGGAGCUGCGGCGCCAGGGGGAUUUGCUGCCGGGCACUCUUCGGAGCGUGGUGGAGACAGAGGAGAUGGGACGCUUGAGGAGCGAGUCGGACAGUUCCUCCUCGCGGCAGAUCCAGGAUCUCUUUGGUCAACAUAUGGCGAAGUGUCUACGUGAUCUCCUGCAGAAGGCCUGGGCUGCUGGCGGGGUGUUCGGCGAGGUGGCCGGAGAGUUGGAGAAGAGGUUGAUGUCCUGCCUUCCGGAGGAGCUGCCCCUGCGAUGCCCAAGCUUCAAAUCGGGCUUCACUGGCAAAACGGAUGCAUUCAACUUGCCGAUGCACUUGGAGGCAUGUAUGGCGAAGGUGGAACAGCAAAUGCUGGACGCUGCAGCACGGGUGAAGGAGCAUCUGAAAGAGCAGCUGCAAAAGGUCCUGAAGGAGGACGCCACGCCGCAGCGCUUGGGACGUUUGACGCGUGCAGCCGAGCGCGUGCAACAUGCCUUAUGGAGCAACGAGCGCCACGAGCCUCCUGAGGACUUCCUGCCUGGGCUUCGCGAGCUGCUGGCGCCGCUGCUCACCUCCGCGCGCGUGGCGCGUGGGGAGCGCGGUUUUGCCGUGAAGCUGGACCGAGAGCAGGUGACGCAGCGGUGCAGUUUGCACUUCCAUCGCUUUCUGGACGAGGUGCUUGGGGAGCUUCCAGUGCGUGCGCUCCAGAUGGCCUUGCCGGAGGACUGCUGGGUGGAAGACUGCUCUGAGGAGCGGAUGUUGUUGCUUGGCCGGCUGCUGAAGCUUCGGCUGGUUCAGGCGCGGCUCACCGAGUCCUUCGGUGAGGAGGCGAGUCUCAGGGAGAGCGAAGCGCCCGAGCCGAGCGCCAGCGCUGCGCCCGCCGCGAGCGCCGCGGCCGUGCCAAAGAGCCCCGCCACCGCUGCGACCGUGGCGAGCGCGAGCGUCGAAGGCCUUCGGCGCACUCCGGAGCAGGUGAAGGCCGAGGUGGAGACUUGGAAAGGCUAUCUCCACGAACGUGCCGACGAGUAUUUUGAUUCCCCCGAAGAGCUGGAGGGUGUUUUGACAGAGCUGGCGGAGAAGACGGACGCCGGAAGCGACUUCCUCAAAGGUGACGCAGAUGUCAUCUGGCGUGGUGAACGAAAUGAGGAGAAUGUGGAAGCCAUGCUGCAUAUCCGGCGGCUCCACCGAGCUACGACGUCCAGCCCCGGUGGUGCGACGUCCACAGCGAGCUACGUCAACCGGCUGCUGGCGGCGCUCUUCGCCGAUGACCAGGCCUUCGCCGAGCUGUCGAGGCUGCCCCGCGCCGAGCCGUUGCGGAUGCGCUGCGGGAAGCAGUUGUGUGUGAACAUCAACCAUAUCUCCUUGCCAUGA